AUGAAAACAAGCCUUGAACGACAAGCCUUAAAAGAAAUCAGCAAUCGAGAAAAAUCAAACGCUAAAAACUCUACCACAGUUAAAGUGAAAGAGAUCAAACCACUAUUGUCUGAUGAUUCGGAGGCGAGACAUCCAUAUUCGGAAGAAAGAGGAAGAUCUACGACAAGAGAAGAAAUCAAGAAUCAAUUCAAAGACAUAUUCUUUCCGUAUACAUCUAAUGAUAAAUCAAUUUUAGAAGAAGCCAUCGACUUGACGUUUCAGGGUAUUGAGUCGGAUGAAGCAGAAACAAGCCCAGAGGAUAUAUUGGAGGAUAUUAGCGAAGAAAACACAUUUAUCGAUGAAACAGAAGUAGAAUCGUAUAUAGAGGAGAAACUAAAGUCCGACUAUGAGGCAGAUACUACGGUUUCCGUUGAAUAUGCCAAAGAGAUUUUUUGCCAUAUGAAACACUUAGAGGUAAGCGUUUUCAAGUGA